CGGUUUCUCUCGCCCCGGUUCUCCCCCCCCCCAGUCCCUUCCCCUCCCCUUCCCCAGCCCCUUACCCCUCCUCCCCUCGCUCCUUAAACGGGAUUCCGGCUGGGCGAGCCGCAGGACGGCAUCACCGGGCAUCCCGCGGCGGGGAGCCCCGGCGGCUCUGGCAGGUCCCCGCUGUCCCUCCCCGCACACACACACUCUCAGCCCAGCCCGGAAAGCAGGAAAAAAAAAAAUUACAAGAUUUUCCCCCUUUCCCCGAGCUCCUCGCUCCGUGACUCUCGAGUGGAAAAAAACGCCCCCGGGGCGAAGGGCGGCGGGGGGGGGGUGUCGGUAGAAAGCCGGUGAAGGGGCAGAGCCGCUCCGUGGGGAGGGCAGCCCCAGGCAGCCCCCGCCCGCCCGGGGAGGGGGGGAUGAGGUAGAGGCCGGCGGCGGAGCGCCCGCCGGGCGCCGUGGCCGCGGAGGGCAUGAGGCGGCGAGCGGCGGGGAUGGGCUCCAGCGCCAGAGCGCGGUGUUAGAGCCCCGGCAGCACCCGAGGUCUGAGAGGACAGUAGCCUGUACGAUACGGUGGGAUCUGGUUUUCAAAAUGGAAUUGCAGCUCGCGCUCCUUUUCGCAGGGAUAAUUGCAUUUUCGGACUCGGCGAGAGGCCCCCCAAGGAUUGCCGAUAAAGUGAUUCACCGCCAGUCCGUGAGGCUGGGGAGGACCAUCAAGCUCCUGUGCCCGGUGGAAGGCGACCCCCCUCCCCUCACCAUGUGGAUGAAGGAUGGACGGACUAUCCACAGCGGCUGGACAAGGUUCCGGAUCCUUCAGCAAGGGCUGAAAAUCAAGGAGGUGGAAAGCGAAGAUGCGGGAACCUACAUUUGCAAAGCCACCAACGGCUUCGGCAGCACCAACGUGAACUACACCCUGAUCGUAAUUGAUGAUGCCAGCUCAGGAAAGGAUAGCCAGGUACCUGAAGGUUCCAACGCAGAAUAUGAAGAUCAUUCUGGGAAGCAAUGGGCCCGGCCCAGGUUCACACAGCCUGCCAAGAUGAGACGGAGGGUGAUCGCCCGUCCUGUCGGCAGCUCCAUCCGCCUCAAGUGCGUGGCCAGCGGGAACCCAAGGCCUGACAUCACGUGGCUGAAGGACAAUAAGCCCCUCACUCCCCAAGAGAUUGGGGAGAACAAGAAGAAGAAGUGGACGUUGAACCUGAAGAACCUGAAGCCAGAGGACAGUGGGAAAUACACCUGCCGGGUGUUUAACAAAGUUGGAGAAAUCAAUGCAACGUACAAAGUUGAAGUGAUCCAGAGGACGAGGUCCAAGCCCAUCCUGACAGGGACACACCCUGUCAACACGACGGUGGACUACGGUGGGACCACAUCCUUCCAGUGCAAAGUCCGCAGUGACGUCAAACCCGUCAUCCAGUGGCUGAAAAGGGUGGAAUAUGGCACAGAGAGCAAGUACAACUCCACCAUCGAUGUCGGGGGGCAGAAGUUUGUUGUGCUGCCCACAGGGGAGGUCUGGUCCCGCCCAGAUGGUUCCUACCUGAACAAACUGAUGAUUACUCGAGCCAAGGAGGAGGAUGCAGGGAUGUACAUUUGCCUGGGGGCAAACACCAUGGGCUACAGCUUUCGCAGCGCUUUUCUCACAGUCCUGCCCGAUCCCAAGCCGCCGAGUGCACCUGUGCCCCCUUCCUCGGCCAGCAGCCUGCCCUGGCCUGUGAUCAUCGGCAUCCCCGCCGGAGCUGUCUUCAUCUUUGGGACGAUCCUCCUGUGGCUUUGCCAGUCCAAGAAGAAACCCUGCUCCCCUCCAGCUGCUGCCCCCGUGCACCGGCCGCAGCCUCGGGACAGGAUCUGUGUCUCCCAGGUCCCGGACAAAGACUGCAUCUCCUCCAUAAACUAUGAGGAAUAUGUGGCCCAGCAGCAGCAUUUGCUGUCCCAAGGGCCUGCGCUCGCCCCAGCCAUGGCAUCCAAAAUGUACCCAAAGAUUUACACGGACAUCCACACCCACACCCACUCGCACGUGGAAGGCAAAGUCCACCAGCACCAACACAUCCAGUACCAGUGCUAAGAGCUGGCCCUGUACAGUAGCUCGUUUUUGGGCUUUCCCUUGUGGUACCUCAGAAGAGACUGCUCCAAGUCAGCUCUCACUGCCAGCAACAGGCAAAGCAGACAGAAAAGAUUUUAUAUAUAAUUUUAAAUAUAUAUAUACAUAUAUAUAUAAUUGUAUAUGCGUGUGUGUAUGUGUGUAUAUAUAUAUGUGUAUAUAUCUAUAUCUAUCUAUAUAAAUAUAUAUAUAAUAGAGAAAGACAGAGAAAAGAGAUUUUUUUUUUUUUAAUUAUUGCAAUCAGGAUGUAGCUGAGGAAUAAUGAAGGAUCUCCAUAUCACAGCAGAGAGGCAGCCAUCUCCAACAGCAAAGCCUUCCUGGAUAUUUUAAUCAAGGUGGCAACAAGUGAGGCAGGACAUAGGGAUGUGAACCACCACCUCCUUCCUUGUGUUACUAAGAGGAGCAAGUAGAGCAAGAGGUGUGUGUGGUACUUUUCUGGAUGUGCACUGCUGUUCCUGUGCCAGUUACACAUCACUUGUUUUGGUGGGAAGCCCCCAGACCUGUCCUGCUCUGGGUGACCCGAGCUCUCAAGUACUUGACAUUUAGAGCCAAAACACCAGGAGACAUAGCCAAUUCAUCUCUUCCAGGAGGAAAAAAUAACACUAGAGGGUCUGGAAAAACCAAUUUCCAUUCACAAGGGGAAAUGCUGAAUGCUUCUCAGUCACAGUCAGCACAACCAGCUAACCGAACUGGUUGGUUCUAUUUCUGCAAGGUCAAGACAUCUUGUUUCCCAUGGGAUGUUCUGCAGAUCAAGCCACAAGAGCGCUGCUCCCCUGGUCCUAGGACUCAGUGCCACUGCCAGGAAAAAGGAGAGAAGGAAUGAGGAACAUUGUACAGAACACCUUUAUAUUUAUAUUUAAGAAAUAAUAAUAAAUAAUAAUAAUAAUAAUUGAACUGCUGAUGGUGAAGAAAGCAAAACACACUGUCCUUCUCUGAUGGCUUACAGCGACAAGCUGCUGGAUUUUCUACAUCAAUGCAAAAUACAUGAAAGCAUUAGAAAAAAGUGUAAGAAACAAAGAGAAUGAAAUAAUAAUCUUGUAGGAAAAAAUGCAUUUGAUAAAUACUCACCUAGGUUGUGUGUGGUUGCCCCCUCCCCUCAGAUAUCAUUUUGGAAAUGAUAAAACUUCAUUGCAGUUCAACAGUAAAAACAGAAAGAAGAGAAAAUAAAUAAGGACCAUAUUAAAUACCUAUAUGGACUGGGAAUGAAUCCAAUUGCAAAAUAUAAAACCUUUGUAAUUCUAUAUAGAGUUUAAACAGAAGUCAUGUAUAUUUAAUUUAUUUUGUUAAACAAGAAAAAAAAUGUAUGAUAUUUUCCUCGAAACAGGCAUUUCUAUACGUAUUUUUGAUCAAAGAAAAUAAAGAUUUUUUUUUUCCAGGUUCUGUAGAUGCCAUGCUCAGAGUAUGCUCGAUGUAGCUUGUGACCAACUGUGCUUCUCCUAACCUGGUGGUCACCCAUCUCUAUGCCUUUGUACACUAACCAUGUGUAAUCUCCUAUCACCUCAGGUACUGCUGGUGCCAUCCUUUCCAUCAGAAACUGACCUUUUUCCCUGCUUAUAUUCUGACUGUGAGGGUCUGCAAUGGCCAGUUCACUACUCAUGGACCCCGUUCAUCUUCAGUAGCAGAGCUCUGUGCUCAUCACUAUGCAUUUUUGGGGGGAGUUUGGGAGGAGGUUUCAUUAGAUUUUUAAGCACAAAUCUGCAGCAGGUCUUCUUCUUAAAAGAAAAUCUUGUAAAUCAAAACAUAAUAAUUUGUGAGGCUGUAAAAGGAACCUUGGCCUCAGGGUGGGUGCCUGGAAGGGGAAAUUAUGGAAUGCAGGUGAAGCAAUUUGUAGCUGCAGCUGCUGCAGGAGGCAGUGGAGGCUGAGCUGGGAGCAACGAGAAGAGUUGGAGCUGUUCCCCUCUCCAGUGGGGCUUGAACCUUCAUUCUUCUGCACACCAACAAGAGGCACCCAACUCCUCAGUGGCCAAAAUUUUCUUUAGAGAAGGCAGCUUCAGCAAUGCUGCAACUGCUUGCUCUUCUCUUGAAAUUCAUUUAAAGUUUGCUGGUAAAAAAAAAAAAACAACCUGAAAAUCUGGAAAUGAGAGUUUUUAAGUUUGAAAUUACUUCCUUCUCAAGCCUGUUCUGUGAAAGAGAUCCCCACCAAACCAGAUGCUCUGUUUAAUAGUGAAACACUUUAUUUAAUCUGAAACAAAGCAGUGCUUUAGGCUUUGCUUUUCUCUGAACAUUUCUGAAGGUAUUUGCUCUCUGUUGACCUGCAGUGAUUUUUCUGGUGGUUUGUUUGAAUCACCAGCAAACCAAACAGUUCCCUGUUUGCUCAGCCGCAAUGCUGUGAGAUGGGGCCCCGAUUCAGUGAAAUACAUCAGCUCCUGCUUUUCUUCAUCGAUACAUGCUGCUCCAAAAGGUCCCUUUUUUUGCUUUAGUAGUGGGAUAUCCAUGUAAUAACCUCUACAGGAAGACCAUUCCUCACCAUGGUGUUCCUACAGAGGUUAUCAUAAAGCAACCCAUCGCUAACCAUUGUUUCUUUUUCAGCAGGAGGGUUCAGUUAAACUUUGUUAACACAAAUUGGCGAGGUCCCUAAAAGCUAAAUUCUGAUUAAGGGUACCUUCAUAUGCAUCCUCUCGGUUUCAGGGAAACUUAAAUUUGAGGACUGAGGACUCUCUUUGGAUGUAAGGCAUGAUUUAGUCAGGAGUUUUUAAUGGCUGUAGUAUACUGAGUAAUUUAAUAAAAAAAAAAAAAAAGGCUUUAUACACUAAGUGCAUCACCUUUAUUUCAAGAAGACAGUAAUUGUAUGAGAGAUACUGAGGGCUACAUCUCAUAUGUAAUACCUGUGGGAAGCUCCUUACUGCACCAUGGUACAUCCCAAGCCACUGCACAUUCCAGCAACAUUAGAGUCAUGGCAAAGGGCAGGAUUCCCCCGUAAGGCUGUGGCCCUUCUCUGCUCUCUAGUCCAGUGCUGCAGCAAGAGGACACUUCUAACACAUGCUGUGUUAGUGGUACUGAUACCAGCUUCAAAGGUGGAGGUGAACACUGGGUUGUAUGGUUCAGCUGAGCAAACCCUGAGAGAUUAUCUUACAGCACUUUUUCAAAUGGCAGCUAUAUCUCUGACCCUCAGAGAGAGGGUUAGUGGGUUAAAAGAGGCAAUCCUGCAUUUCCCACACAGCACAGUCUUCCAGGCUGUGUGUAGCACUCUCCACCAGUGCCUUCUGCCCCUUGUGAUCCAGCUCCAUAGUCUUUUAUCAUCCAGUCAAAACCUCCACAUUUUGCCACAUGGCUCAAGUGGAAGGAGUGGUUUCUUCCUGCCCCUUAAAGCUCCUGAAUUAGAGAUAAAUCUCUAGUGAUGCUGGCAGAGCUCUCCAAAGGCAAAGCCGCAGUGAACUACCCAGCGUGGAUGAAGCAUCAGCCCAGCACAGCUGCAGCUCCCAACCACAGCACCGAGAAGGCAGCUCUGGUUUUGGAUGUGCCAUGAGAGAUGCUGUGAAGGUCUUGAUUUGCAGAAAGCGUGGGGAUUUCAUCCUGCCUUGGGUAUCUGCUCCCUCAUGAGCAUCUCUGGUUGCACACCAAAACUGCUGUGAAAUUUCCUCCCAGGAAAAUAUUGUCAUAUGCCCUGUAGAGGGCUGUAGGUAUUGUCUGGGCCUUUUGCUGUGCUGGGGGGGGGGUGUUCAUGUUUUUGAGGAAUUAUUUUGCCUCCACGGGGUACCUGUAAGGGCUCUUUCGAGUCCCUCUGUCCCAUACCCUACUGCAUGCCAUUGAUUUUUAGGGCUUGGUUGUGCCUUGCAUAUAUUGCAAAGUCUUCCUUAGUUCAAAUAAAUUCAACCAGGUUGUGCUUGUGUAUGAAUUUUUUUUCAGUAGAAAAAGAUUUGGAUGCAUCUUCAUUCCUGAAUAGAGGGUGUUUAAGGAAAACCAUAGUCUUGCCAUUAGUAACUGACCCUAUUUUGAACACAGAAGUUUUUAUUUCAUGUAUUUGUAUACAUAUACAUAUAGGCAUAUAGAUGUACAUGCCAGGCUGUGUUACAGAAGGGAGUUGUACUUUUAAACCCAUGGAGCUUCAAAGAUCAAAGGAAUUUUAGGCUUAAAACUCACUAUCUUUGUUAAUUUUAUUUGCAUUAGAGAUCAAACAUGGCCUUACCUGCCAGUUUGUGUGUGGCUUUUUUAAACUUUAUAUGGACAAUCUUUCUAUGGUCGGCCCCUUUCAAACUGAAAACUUAUCAGACAUUGAAAAUAAAAAGUGUUAAAGUGUUCUAUGAUUUUCAGUUGGUGACAAAUAUAGUAACUGAACACAUCAAAAGGAGACAGAACGGCACAGCAUGUCUGUGUCUGUGGCUUUGUAAUAAAAGUUACAGAAGAAAUGGAAUAAAAGCCUGAAAUUGUGUUAAUAGAUGUUUGAGUUCUGCAAACCUGCUGUGUUUGGAAGGAAAGGAUGUCUCCCUGUGCUUGUGAGAGUGUGUGUGUGUAUGAAAUAGCACACAUCAUGAAUAUGUGCUGGCAGGGCAAAGCAGACAAUAUUACAAAAUUACCUUGGUAGCACAACUUGGUCUGAUAUUUUGUGUAGGUUCUGUGAAACUAGCAGAGGUAUUAUUUCUUAAAUGGUUGGAAAAGGUUUCUGGUUUUAGUGAAAAGGGGCAAUUUUUGAUCACUUCUAGAGCCAAAUGCUGUAGCUGCACCAGGAGCCAAGAUGCAAUUAGCAAGAUGAAAUUUUGGGGUACCUGGAGUGGGGCAGCAAUUUCAAGGUUAAGCCCAGCAGUUCCCCCCUUUUGAGUCAAACCUGUGAGUGUCUCACCACUCACUCUAGAGACAGCAAAUGUCAAAACUGUGACAUCUGAAGUUCAGAAAAGCUGGCCCUCACACAAACUUCAUCUUGACUUGGCCUGGACCUCUGACCCAAAGAGCCUUGUGCAGAAAUUGCACAGUUGGGAUGGGAAAGAGGAAAUAUUUCUGUGUUGACUCCAUUUCUGUGGCUGUCCAAAACUCUUCAGAUUUUUGAAAUACUGAAAUAAAGAUCUGGGGAAGAUGUAUCAGUCAGUUAAACCUAGGAGGUGGUCAAAGAUCAAUGGGGAAUUUAUCAUGGCUUUCCUAUCUGGGCAACACCUCUGCCUACAUGAGGUAUGUUGAGCAUGCCCAGGACUCCAGAUCAUCCAAAUUCAAUGAUUAACAUGGACCUAUUUAGCUUGGAAAAGACUCCUAAGGUCAUUGAAUUAUUCCCCAUGCAGAGCUUAUUCCAGCUCGUGCAGAUGCCAGUGGGAAAAAAUCCCUGCAAUGUCCACUGGGAAAUCAAUGGGACAUAUGAAGUCAUUGCAAGGUUUUUACAUCUUUGUGCUAGCUGGCUUGUUGGCAGAGAAAGAUGUGACAAGAGUCAAUGGCCUGAGUGUGAAGCCAGACACAUAUAAAUGGGAAAUGUACACACUUUGGAAGGAGUUACCAAAGGAAGACGUAGACAAUGCAUUUCUCAAAAUCUUCAAAACAAGGCUGGGUGCUUUGUGGACAGUGUGUUUGGUUGAAUUGAAGAUUUUCGGAAUGCAAUUAGGAUAAAGGGAUACCUCUAGCCCAGAUGAGGUCAUCUGGUAGGCCCUUCUGGCCCUAAAGAAAUGCGGUUGAGGUGCAGAGAAAAGGAGACACAAGAGUGUGUCCCUGCUCCUGGUGAGCGCCGUAGCUGCACCACAGACCUUACGGCACCAUUGGGCGCACGGCUGCCUCGUUCAGGCUGCACACCCAGCUCUUGACUUACCACCAGACUGCAUGAUCUCAGCACUUCCCAGCUUAUUGCUGCAGUGAUGACAUUAUUUACACAAACCGGGGCUCUGCAUCAACAUUUACUGCCGCUUUGUGUAAACAGCGGCGCAGCCCCGUGUGUACUCACACCCCUCCUCUAUGUGAUCAGCACUGCAGAAAACCUCACUGCAGUGCCUACAGUUAGUGCCAUGGAGGAUUUAUAUGGGAAUUUGAAUGUAAUGACCUGCUCAGUUGCACAAACUCAUUGUUGGUGUAAGUAUCUUCUAUUCCCUUUUUGCCAUGUGUGGGAGCCAGCCAGGAUCCUGCCACUGCCCUCCCCCGGGGGUGGACACAGGUCCCUCCACACAUUCAGACAUGAGGGGUUGUAUGUUGGGUUGUACAGGUUGGCCAAAGUGACCCUGCAGGUUUCCUAUGUCCAUGGGAUCCCAGUGAGUGAUAGCCCACAGAGGGAGCAGUCCUGUGCCUUUCUCUGCUUGUGGGUUGAUGGGUGUGGUGAGGGUGUGAGGGGCAUAGUCACAAAAACACCAAACUUUAAGGGGUGGGUUUCACCUGUCGAUCUCAGCAAUGAUUUCACAGAGGAAGAGAUGAGGCAUGAAGAGACUGGCCAGGGUUAUAGUCUGUAAUUCAAGUGUGCUGGGAUGGAUCAGGGUCUGUCAUUCUACACGUCUUAUGAGGAACAGCUGAGGGAACGGGGUUGCUUAGUCUGGAGAAGAGGAGGCUCAGGGCGACCUCAUUGCUCUAUACAACUACCUGAAAGGAGGUUGUAGUGAGGGGGGAUCGGUCUCAAGUCAAAGGAUGAGAGGAAAUGGCAUUAAACUCCACCAGUGCAAGUUCAGACUAGAUCUGUGAAAAAAAAUAAUUCACUGAAAGAGCAGUUAGGCAUUGGAAUAAGCUGAGGGAGGUGGUGUAGUCACUGUCUCUGGAAAUGUUCAAGAAUGUCUGGAUGUGGCGCUUGGGGAUAUGGUUUAGAAGUGGUGGUGUUGGGUUGACAGUCGGACCAGAUGAUCUUGAAGGUCUCUUCCAACCUUGACGAUCCUGUAACUGCAGAGAGCACCAAGACACAGAACCAAACCAGUGAGAUAAAUUAUAUAAGACCACUGAUCAAGCAUAUCUUCUAAACAUCCUCCAGUUACUUAUUACCCUUUAAAUCUCAGGAUAGAUAUAAGGAAGAAAUUCUUUUACAAUGAGGGUGGUGAAACCUGGCACAGGUUGCCCAGAGAGGUGGUAGAUGCCCCAUCCCUGGAAACAUUCAAGGCCAGGUUGGAUGGGUCUCUAAGCGACCUGAUCUAGUUGAAGAUGUCCUUCCUCAUUGCAGGGAAUGAGACUAGAUGACCUUUAGAGGUCCCUUCCAACCCAAACCAUUCUGUGAUUCUCUGAUCCAAAUGUGCUGGGAUGGGUUAAGGUCUGUCAUCCAAAUGUGCUGGGAUGCAUCCAGGCCACCUGCCAGAUCAGUUCUGUAUUCUGGACCUGGCAGAAGGUGCUAAUAAUUAGGAGACUGUAGGUGUUGCAGACUUUCCCUUCACCUUAUCUUACCAGAAAGCAUUUCUUGGCCCAAGAUUCUCAUCUUUUAAAAGUUUACUACAAACUUUUAAAAGGAAAACAACAAAUUCCAGCACCAGAAGUGUGAAUUAUUGUAAUAAAAAAUAGGAAGUAAUGACUGAUAAAACCACAUUUAAAAUGCUGGUGCUACAUGGACUGUUAAGUGGCACACUGUUAAGUGUCCAGAGUAGAGCCCAGAGGAAAGAGGAUGCCCAUUUUAAAUUUUUGUUUAGCCAAGGCGCUUUGCUUACCAGCUUCAGGUCCCUGAGAGCAAUACACAGAGCUGUGACCUUUAUUUGUCCUUAUUUUAGCUUAUACACUUUUUCUUUCUUUUCUCUUUUCCUUUCUGCCAGUCUGCUGUAAUUAGGAUUUAACAUAUCCUCCAAUAUACAUGGACAUCAACAAAGCAAUGAAUAUUCUUUGUUUCCCAUUUUCGCUAACCACAUCCAGUCCAAAGUGCUAUUUCUAUCCGAGCUUGUCUCUGCUCAAGUGAAAGGAGUAAUAAAUAACACUUUAGACCAGACUUCAAAAUGCCUUUUUUUUUUUGAUCUGAGUAAUUAAAGUCAAACUGCUGUUCCUGAGCGUUUUCUGAUGGAAUUACACAAGUUACGCAGCCCUUCAUUUGUAUCUUAUUAAGCAUUAUGUUUUAUUGAUGCUGUUCAAACAAUUAGUACCUAAAUAUGCCCCAUAUUCUCAUAAAGAGGCAGCAGCAGUAUUAAUGCUAAUGCCCUGGUUAACAGUUUGUUUCCAUCCAGAGUUCACCAUCGUUCUCGAAUGCCAUUUAAUAUCAAUCAGGUCUUGUCUUUACUGAUGCCCUUCUGAAGUUGUUCUCUUCUGCAGUCGUUUAGCUGUGCAGCCAACUGAGGAUAAGUCAAACAAUAAUGUUAAGUAAAAAUGGCAUUUCUCUUAACACAGGAAUUUUUUAAGUUCAUUGCAAGUUUUGGUUAUAAAAAGGCCAGCGUUUCAUGGUGAUCGGUCAUUUUGACGUUUUUAUGGUGUUUUUAUUACCCCUGGCUCAUUUCCAUACUAAAGAGAACAUUUGUAACAAUACUUGCUCGCUCUGUUAUGAUUAGGAUUGCGCUUUGUUCGGCUGUUGCUGCGCUCAGUAAUGCUCUUGGCACACGUCCUCCCAGACCCUGCGGUGUAUUUAUUCGAAAGGAAGGAAAAAGAAGUGUCUACUAAAACAAUAAACUACUACUGCUUGCGUUAACGUGGCCAUAACUUCCUUGUUCUGCAGACAAUCAGUUAGAAAAGCUGUUAGGUAAACUUGCUCCUUCAUUGCUGAAAAAAUAAAUAUUCAUGAAGCUUA